UCUCUGCCCGCCCGGCGCCGCAGCCCCAUGGCCCCGUCCCGGCUGCAGCUCCGCCUCCGCGCAGCCUACUCCGGCAUCAGCUCCGCGGCCGGCUUCUCCAUCUUCCUCGUCUGGACGGUGAUCUACAGACAGCCGGGGACCGCCGCCAUGGGGGGUCUUGCAGGUGUGCUGGCGCUGUGGGUCCUGGUGACACAUGUGAUGUACAUGCAGGACUACUGGAGAACCUGGCUCAAGGGGCUGCGCGGCUUCUUCUUCGUGGGCGUCUUCUUCUCAGCUGUCUCCAUCACCACCUUCUGCACCUUCCUCGUGCUGGCCAUCACCCGGCACCAGAGCCUCACAGACCCCAGCAGCUACUACCUCUCCUGUGUCUGGAGCUUCAUUUCCCUCAAGUGGGCCUUCCUGCUCAGCCUCUACGCCCACCGCUACCGGGCUGACUUUGCCGACAUCAGCAUCCUCAGUGAUUUCUGACCCAGGAACUGAGGUCUCUACACCCUCGGGGGCCUCAGGACCUGGACUCAGCCUCUAAGAUAUCAGGAGGACCUGCCCCUGGCCCCUGGGGACCCCAGAACUGUGGCAGAAAAUACAUAGCAGGACUAGUGCGGUCUCCCAGGAAGCUGCCCAGGCCCCUUUGGGGAGACCAGGGUGCGGUGGAAAGGGGAACAUGUUGCUCCUAGGUGGCCUGGCUGGAGGGCAGAUCUAGACUUCUUCAAAUGCAUCUAUUUUCUUAGCACUCAGUGAGGAAUCUUUGUAAGUAAGGCCAGGGCAACGAAGUAAAAGGGUAGGACCGUCUGACCUUGACCUAUGCCUGGGGGCAGAGGGCAGGGGGCGGGUGAUUUGGUGCCUGCUGCCCAGGUACUGAGACUGGUGGGAACCUGGGGAAAUCAGGUCAGGUAAGGAGUCAUCCCAUCCUGUUACUCCCCGCCACCACCCCCCAGUCAGGCAGCUUAACUCAUCAGUCCCAGGGGCGGUACAUCUGGCUCUUUCCCCAAGGCCUGGGGAGUUGAGUGCUCAGUGUCCCUCCUCCUGCCGUUCCACCCAGGGCUGGUCUCCCAUGAGUGUGCUAGAGCCAGAAAGCCAUUCACCUUUCUCUCUCACACAUACACGCCCAAGAUCAGGACUCCCCAGACGAUGCCAGACUGAGGGGAAUGUGCGCCUGCCCCUAGAGGGGCUCUGGAGAAGGGGCAACAUGGCGCAGGCUGGAAGGAACCCCUGCAUCCAGCCCUGCGUUCCCCUCUGCCUUCUCACACCUGCCCUUUUGCACUCAGACCUGGCCAUGAGACACCUCUCCUACUCCAGCCCUUGCUCACUGCCCUUCAACCAGAGCUUUUAUCUUUUUUAGUCACCCUUUUGAAGGACAAAAUCUGCUUUUCUGCCCAUACACUGGCCCAAGGGCUCACCUAACUCGGGAGGGAAGGGGCUAUCAUUACAUGUCUUUUUGUUAGGUUGCCAUUUUGCACUGUCUACCCCUUUCCCACCUGGUGUGUUUUGCCCUCAGCUCUUUGCCUUAUCUGUGUCACUGUCAUUUUAGCAGAAAUACAGCGGCCAUUUGUAUCAUA